AUCAUGACUCUUUCCACCAUCAUGACGAAGCCGGUUCGUAGGUGGCAGCAAACAAACCGGUCAGGCUGGUUAAAAAUAUUCCAUCCCUCCCGUUUGUUUGUCUGUGCUGCCGAAUUUUCAUAGCUUCUCUUCGCAGUGACGGUUCGGUCGAGCGAUUGAGAAGUUCGAUUUAUCGGAAAGAUGUCCCCCAUUACGUUGUACACUACUCGGCGCACACCGGCCGGCAGAGCUGUGGAAAUCACCGCUAAGCUCAUUGGCCUGGAACUGGACGUUAAGUUUAUUGAUUUGUCCAAGAAGGAACAUCUGACUGAGGAGUUUCUGAAGUUGAACCCACAACACACAGUGCCAACGAUCGUUGAUAAUGGAGUCGCUCUGUACGAUAGUCACGCAAUCAUCGUCUACCUGGUACAGAAAUACGGCAAAGAUGACGCCCUGUAUCCGAAAGAUCUGGUGACGCAAGCUCGUGUCAACGCAUUGCUGCAUUUCGAGUCGGGCAUUUUGUUUGCUCGAUUGAGAGGUACCUUGGAACCCAUCUUCUACCAUGGGUUCCCGGAGGUUCCCCAGGAAAAGCUAACCGCCAUCCACGGAGCGUACGAUCUGCUAGAGGCCACCCUGAAAUCAGACUAUCUGGUUGGCGACUCGUUGACCCUUGCCGAUGUCAGCUGCAGCACAUCGCUGUCCACUCUGAAUGCCCUGUUCCCAAUCGACGCCGAAAAAUGCCCAAAAUUGGUUGCGUAUCUUCAGCGCUUAGAAGCGAACAUGCCGAACUACAAGGAGCUGAACUCGGAUCGUGCUGCCGAAGCGGUAGCAUUCUUCAAAGUCAAGCUGGAAGAAAACAAGAAGAAAUGAAUGAAAAUAAAGAUGGCAUCACUGGGUAGAUGAUUUUCUAUAAUAAACUCAGUCUAUGUUUGUUUUUCUCCUUUA